GUGACGUUUCCGAUCGCAGCCUGCCAGCGAGGUGUUCGACAUGAUCGAGGACCUGAUGCUGAUGGAGAGCGGUAAGCUGACGUACUUCGGGACGACCAAGAACGCGAGAAGCUUCUUCGACUCGUUGGCGGGAGAGUGCCCCUCGAGUGUCAACCCGGCAGACUACUACCUCGAUCUGAUCUCGCAGCCCCCGUCCGUUGACGUCGGCAAGGGCGCAACAUGGCAGGAGCUGUACUACAACAGCGAGUUCAACAUAGACAUCCCCAACAGCACGGUACGCACGGACAAGGAGCCCGGCGACGACGACGGCGAUGGCGGGCGGCCCCGGCCCCACUGGAGCGUGGUGGCACGCACCCUGCUGGCCACUCAGCUCGAGUACUACUGGAGAGCGACCGAGGUGCACUGGUUUAGGAUUCUGGAGCUGAUCGUGCUGGCGAUUUUCGUCGGCACCAUGUACUUCCGACUGGGCAAAGACAGGAUUGCAGAGACGGCGGCCGCCGCGUUCUUCAACAUGUGGUGCGCACUUUUCGCAGUUGUGGCGUCUGUGCCCGCCUUCGCUAGAGACCGCCGUCGGAUCCUCCAGGAGAUGCUUAACGGGGCAUACGGGCCCACUAUGUACUGCUGCACGCAGUUCUUGGCAUCGGCUCCGUUCAUCCUUGUGUCGGCGCUCGUAUACCAAUCAAUCUUCCACUGGCUGGUUGGCUUCAACGACAGUGUCUACGCUUACAUCUACGCCGUGCUGCUGACGGCAUCUCUGCUCUUCAUGAUGGAAGCCAUCAUGCUCAUGGUGGUGGAAACCCUCAAGAACGCCAUGCUCGCGUGUACCUUCAGCAUCGUGGUUCUCGGCGCGCUGUUCCUCUUCGCCGGCUUCUUCAUUAAGCCUAGCGACAUGAUAUGGCCAAUUCGAUGGGUGACAUACUUCAUACCGACGAGGUUCGCGUUUGACGGCUACCUCCGUGGCAUCUUCCAAGGGCAAGACUACGACACUCCCUUCGGCAGCGUCAGCGGCGAGCAGAUAUUGGAAAGCGAGUUCGCGCAGGAAGAUGGUCACCACUGGUUGGACCUGCUCAUUUUGACGGGCUGGGUCCUCGUUCUUCGCAUUGGACACUUCUGCGUCAUUUUCAGCGGGGUUCAGCCCUAUCGCACGGCGAUGUCCAUUCUCACAGUGUAGAAUCGGAGUUUCGUUAUGUGAAGGAUAUACAAAACCCGAAUGCUGCAUUUAUGCAAGUUUAUGCGUUAUGACGUUGUUUGGGGCGUAUUGUGUAGUGUUUGCUACGAACCUGGUUCAGACUUCCAAGUUCUUCAGGGUUAGUUUCCGUACGGUAGGGUCAUUUCCUUGUACGAUAAUGAUUCCCGGUGAUUUGUAUUUCGCAUCGAUCGACAAAGAAAGGUAUAGUACCCGACGUAUGUCCCUGCACCGAAACUUAGGGAGGGGGGGGGGGCAGGCAUCUAAAACUCUAUCUAUCCAUGUAGUUGUGAAGAAGGCUCACCGACCGGGGCCGAUCGCUAGCGUUCGGAGAAGGGGGGGUCAGGCACCCGUAUUUGUUUAUGUACUGUUGGGUGUUUCAGCAUAGGGACCAGCGACACGCCAAUGAAGAAUGAGGAAGAUGGGGGUAAUAAAACGGAGAUCAGACGUGCCGUAAAGGUAUGGGGUGUAGGCAUCAUGUGAGUGCUCUCCAACCACUUGACAAGCAAUCAUUGGGUUGAUAUGAAAAGAUCGAAUGUGGGCAUGGGCGGGGAACGAAGGUGGAAGCAAUUGGUUUGAACAUCCAAGCUCGGCAAACAUGUCUGUAGGCUCAAGUCUCGCCAAAAGUCGCCCACAAGGAGCAAGGUGAGGUUAGUCCUGUUCCUGGCAGUGGAAAGCGCUACAGGAGUUUGUGUACACUU